AUUGUUAAUAGCGAUAAAUAGAAGAGGUGGGCCAGCAGUUGCUAAGGAGACUGUUAAACUUGCUGAAGAGUUCCUUCUUUCCACUGAUGGGGUCGUAGUAGGACUUGACCUUAGUGGCGAUCCCACCGCAGGACAUGGUCAAGAUUAUUUGGAAGCACUCUCAGAAGCGAAGAAAGCAGGUCUGAAGCUGGCAUUGCAUCUUUCAGAGAUUCCAAAUCAAGAAGAGGAGACCAGAAUUCUCCUGGGCCUGCCUCCUGACAGAAUCGGACACGGAACAUUCCUCAACUCUGCAACAGCAGGUUCAGAGGAGUUAGUGCCACUUGUCAGACAGAAUCAUAUACCUAUUGAAAUUUGCGUGACAUCAAACAUCAAAACGCAGACAGUGCCUUCCUGUGACAAACACCAUUUUGGAUACUGGUACAACAUGGGCCACCCUGCAGUGCUCUGUACUGAUGACAAAGGUGUCUUCGCAACAGAUCUAUCACAAGAAUACGAGCUCGUUGCAAAAACAUUUAAUCUGACUCGAUCACAGAUGUGGGAUCUUUCCUAUGAAUCGAUCAACUAUACUUUUGCUUCGAGUGUGGUAAAAUCAAAGCUCAGGGAACAGUGGUGUGAACUGAAGCCAACUCUGUUUGAUUAAUCAAACUGUUGUUUUAAACGGGUUGGGUGUACUGGCUUAGGUAAUAAGCGUUUUUUACUGAAGU